AGCCACGCAUCCACUCACACUCAUUCACCCAUCCUCUCUCUCACUCGACCGAGGUUGCUUGCACGCCUGCGUGCCGCGCCGCCCGAGCCGACUUCCCGUUGCUACUAUCGCCUUCACCAAUAUGGCGUCGUCCUGCUGUGUGCUGAUCGUCGUCACGUACCACUCAGUCCAUACCUGAUGUUGUCUGUCACCAAUUGGUUUAAGAGCUUUUAUUUUCUUUUUACACAGAACUAAAUUACUUUAGAAAUGGCAGAAUGCCCCAGCAGCUCUGAGAUUGAGACCAGCUUGAAGCUGUUGCUUCGAAUCAACAAUGAUAACCCAAGCAAAACGCCUGCUGCAGAGGCCCACCAUCAGAUUCACGAUUCUGGGCACAGACUGAAUUUCCAGCAUGGGGGAGGGCUGUCCGACAACCUGCCUGUCCCCAACCGUGGUGUCCUUGCACAACCACUAACAAAGGAUCACUUCCGGGGUGGCCCAUCAAUGGCACAUCAGGCCCCUCCUCUGACAGCGCCACCGAAUACAAACUCGCUAUUCCCUACCUCCUCAUCCUCUUGCUGCCUGCAAGAUUUGAACUUACGAGACUCACACAGCUGGAAGAAGUCGAGGAAGGUGACGGAGAAGAAAGAAGCAGCAAUGAAGAAAACCCCGUUUAAGGUGAAGGAUCGUAAGGGCUGUUUACUGAAAUCGAAAACCGGUGAAGGGAGCGAGGGUGGGAGCGGCAAUGAUGAAGAGAGCGAGCCUGGUGUUGGUCAGGCAUCGACAGGGAGCGGCAACAUGUGUGCAAUGGUUUGGGAAAUGAUGAAUGCCGCUGCUUCUGCCUCGGCUACAAACAACAUGGCUGACCCCUACCAGACUGCAGCAAAGCAGCAGCAGCAGCAUCAUCAUCAACAUCAUCAACAGCAGCAGCAUCAACAACAAUAUCAACAACAACAUCAUCAGCAACAGCAGCAUCAACAAUAUCAACAACAGCAAAAGCAUCAACAGCAACAACAUAUACAGCAGCAACAGCGUCAGCAACAGCAGCAACGUCAACAACAACAACAGCAGCGUCAACAACAGCAGCAGCGUCAACAACAACAGCAACCACAGCAGCAGCAUCGACAGCAACAGCUGCAGCAGCAGCAGCAGCAAGAGAAGGAAAAAGAGAAGUCUGCCAGUGAAGCGUUUGCUGAAGAACUCUCCAAAGAAGAUAAAGUCUAUCCAUUGAAACGACGAUCUGCCCGGUUUCCAGAUGCCAAGUAUUUCUGCCGUUUAUGUGAAUUCCAUUGUAUGAAUGAUGCAGAUUGCUUGACACACAUCCGAACCAUUAAACACCAAUGGCGCAAAGAGAUAGCGGCAGCAAAAGACAAGCUGAGGAAAUUGCCCACACCGACUUCACUUCAACUGCGAGAUAUAGAAGACACGGUGGAGCGUGUCUAUAAAGAGCAUGGCUUGACCACAGCUGAGGUUCAGAUCCGGAGGAAGUUUGUCCAAAAAGUUGAACAAUUUCUGCAAGAAGACAUAAAAGGUGUAAAGUUGCAUCUAUAUGGUUCAGUGCAGAGCGAGUUUGGUUUGAAAAGCAGUGAUCUCAACAUAGAUUUAGAAACCCCACCUGACAUGAAAUUGGCAAAUGGCCUGAAAAUGACUUAUGAAAGCCUUAAAAAAUCAGACCUCUUCAAAGAUGUGGAAAAGGACUUUUUGGCCAAAGUCCCGUUGGUGUAUUUCCGAUCCAAUGACAAGCACCAACUGUACUGUCAAAUCACCGUCAACUCCAUACUAGCUCGUCAAACUAGUCAGCUCCUAGGUAUCUACAGCUCGAUUGACAUCAGAGCUAAAAAAUUAGCCGUGGCAUUCCGUUAUUGGGCAAAGAUCUGUCGUGUCGACCGUCAACAGGAGGGAACUCUACCAGCUUACUGCACCUACUUGAUGACAGUUUAUUUUCUACAGAGAAUCCCAAACCCUAUUUUGCCUGUCUACCACGUGCGGGCAACAGAUGAGAAACAGAGAGAGAGAUUUUUUGAGACUAUUACAAAAGCAGCAUCAACCUUUCAAGUGAAGAAUAUGUUAAAUGUUGGUGAAUUAUGGCUGGAGAUGUUGAAGUUUUACUGCCAGGGCUUCGACAGUUCCAGCACUGUCAUCUCAAUCAACUACGAGAACAAGUUGACCCGGGUGGCAAAGAACUGGAAGACCAAACGACUUGCCAUUGAAGAUCCAUUUUCUACAAAGCGAAACAUUGCCAGGUCUGUGAGCGGAAGGAAGAUUUUUGAGUAUUUCCAAGAUUGUCUUGUGAAAACUUGCCUCUACUUCGGCUUUCCGCCUACUUCCAACUCGUCUAGCAGCAGUCCAAAGAAAGACAACAAUGAACAGCAAUCAGGCUCACUAACUGCAACAACAACAACUACAGCAACACAAAUGAAUGGUACCGACCGGACUCCCAAAGAUCCCAACUGCAAAACUCCAUCCCCUAACUCAUUGGCACAAUCUCCUUCCAAGGGCUCUGAUGACAAGGCAAUGUUGGUUAAUGAGGUUCAUGACCCAGAACAGCAAUCCACCCAGUCAACUGGAUCAUCUCAAUGUUCAGAACCGGAGGAUGAUGAUGAUGAUGAUGAUGUAGAUUCUUCAGGCAAUAUGCACACUUCUUCUCAACGGUCUCCCAGUAACGAGGGCUGUGCUUAUGUUUUCUCCGUUGAAAACUUGUCUGAUGGAAAGGGACCAGCAAAAGUGUGCAGCAUCUGUGAGAAAGAAGGGCAUUUGAAGAACGACUGUCCUGAGGAGAAACUCCCUCCUUUAUUGCCCUUACCAGCCAUGACCGAAGAGAGUUUGAAGCUUUUGAACGAGAUGCUCAUGCAAAUACCAAAAGAUCUUGGUCCCACAGACUUGAGCACCGAAGACAGGGAGAAGAUAGUUAAAGGUUUGGAAUGUCUCAUCCGAGAAUGGUACCCAGAAGCUCGUCUGCAUUUAUUUGGUUCCUCCUGCAAUGGAUUUGGCUUUCAGAAUAGUGACCUCGACAUCUGCAUUACAUUCUGUAACCACCAAAACGCUGAUGGUCUCGACUGCGUUUGUAUUAUUGAGAGUUUAGCUCAAAAACUACGCGAGAACAAGCAACUGUAUGGUGUUGUUGCAAUCACUACUGCCAAGGUACCGAUUGUCAAGUUCAAACUGAAAAACAGCAAUUUAGAAGGAGAUAUCAGUCUGUACAACACUCUUGCUCAACAUAACACGAAGCUAUUGAAACUGUAUACAGAAAUUGACCAGCGGGUGGCCAUUCUUGGGUAUGCUUUGAAGGUUUUUGCUAAGGUUUGUGAAAUCGGGGAUGCCUCAAAAGGUAGUCUUUCCUCCUACGCAUACAUCCUCAUGUUACUGCACUAUCUACAGCAGUGUGAUCCUCCAGUGAUUCCUGUUCUGCAAGAGUUAUAUGAGGGUGAGAAACCUGUCCACUUGGUUGAUAGCUGGAAUGCCUGGUUCUUUGAAGACUUGGCAAACCUGAAAAAUACCUGGAAGUAUUGUGGCCAGAACAAGCAGUCAGUAGCCGAGCUGUGGAUUGGUCUGUUUGUGUUUUAUACUGAGAAGUUUGAUGUCCAAAUGGUGGUCACAAUUCGACAGCAUUCGCAGCUGACCAAACUUGAGAAACUCUGGAAUGGAAAAUGUCUAGCCAUUGAAGAUCCAUUUGAUAUCAACCACAACCUCGGUGCUGGUUUGUCCAGAAAAAUGAACAACUACAUUCUGAAAACUUUCAUCAAUGGACGUAAUGUAUACGGCACCCCUAUCUCUCAAAUUCCCCCGAAUUAUGAAACACUUGGGGACUUCUAUUUUGAUGCCAAUCGCUUAAAAGAAGGCAAACCCCCAACAGACAGGUGCUGCCAUGCCUGUGGUAAGAUCGGACACAUUCUCGUCGAGUGUCCCAUGAAGCGUAGCAAGAGGAACAAAGAGAACAACAACAACAAUAAGCAAGAUGCUUCACAACAGAAGAGGGACAACAUGGCCAUGAACAGAGAAAACUGGGGUAAUUCGCAUCAUCAAAGGCCACUGCAGCCCAGUCCACUUGUGCCUAAUGCUGCACACGAUGGCAGUAACCAACAUCGCCACAUCCAGCAUCAUCACCAUCAUCAACAGAAGCAGCAGCACCAGCUGCAACAGCAAUAUCAUCAACAACAGCAACGCCAUCAUCAGCAACAACUACAGCAGCAGCAGCAGCAACAACAGAAGCAUCAGCAGUUGCAUCCUGGCUCUUCUUAUCCAAAUAUGUACAGCAUGAAUUAUGUCGGUUGGCCUACAGACAAAAACAUGGCAGUUCAGCAGUUCCCUUCUACAACGGUGGUCAGUUCACACCUUCAACCGAUUUCAUCCAUGGUGCCUUCAUCUCACUCUUGUCACCCGGUGAGUGGGCCAGAGAGGGCAAUGACAAUGUUAAAACCAGCAACCCCAAACAAAAACAACCAUCAACCAGUGCUACCGCAUCGUCCCAACAUACAGGUUCCGAAUACUCAUUCUUAUCAAAACCAACAUAUGUAUUUAAACACACGACAUGAUCAAAAUAGGCGUGAUUAUUCUGCGGAUGACCUAAAAGGAAGCAACAUGUACAUGUGGGAUUCCCACUCCAGGCAGCAACAAUACUAACAAUGGAUUUUGGGGGUUUUGAUACUCUGGUAAACCUGACACUUUACCACCACCACCACCACCCAGUGGACCCCUUCUACCAUGGACCCAGCUUCCCAUCUCGACCCUGCAGCGAUGGCAUUCUAUUUCUGUAUUCCAGUGAUGUUGGUGCAGUUGUACAUAACAGAUAUUCGCCACUACCUGAUGCAGUAAAGUUGCAGCUGAACUGCUGCCCUAAGUAUGCAGCAGUCAUGCAACUGCAACUUUAUUGCUGCAGCUGUAGACUUUAUUUGGUUUUUUUUUGUGGUGGGGGGUGGGGUGUUUUUGUUUUAAAUUGAUGGAUAUUUUUAACCUGAAUCAAAUUUUUAGACUUCAAAAUCAUUUCACUUCAUUUAUCCUUAAUUUACUUUUUAUUAUUAUUAUUACUUUUUAUUUAAAGAGAAACAAAUUUUUAAGCGCAACAUCUACAUACGUGUGCACGUGUUUGUGCAUGUGAUGUGGGGAGGACAUUUUGUGUAAAAAAAAAAAGUUGGGGGUAGAGUAUGUUUGCGUUUGUGUGUGUGUGGAGGGUGGGAAGAAUGAGAGGCUGUGAAGUGAUGGCAGUUGUGGUAUACAUGUGUAUGUGUUAUGAAGCAGGGCAUGUUUGUGUGUACGCCUUUGGAAUGGUGGUCGACAUAAUUGCAACGCAGUUGUGUCCGUGUGAGUGUGUAAAGAAGGCAGAAAGGGAGCAGUUAAUGCCCGUAUAACCUGGAUGUUGAUUAGAUGGGUUCACUGAAUGACAACUGAACAGUCACCAACAGACAAACAACAGUGGAAAUUUCAAUAAAGGCAAACACACACACACAUCUCUGCAUCCAGCCUGGCCUCUUGUUGCUGUUCAAUGGUUAAAUAAUCUAGCUUUGUUGCUUUUAGAAAUGUUUGUUCUUCUGUUUUUGUCCGUCUACAACAGUGGAAAUGUCCAGUCGUGACCUUUCUCUU